UACGGUUCUGAUGGUCAUGGCGGUGUUUUAUCUCUUAAUAUUUAUGAUUAGUCUAAAGGAAAAUUGGGUUUUGUUUCAGCAAUAAGCUAAGUAACCUACUGGAUAAGGUGAUUCCAAUCUAAUCGCUAUCUAAAUUGAAGAACUUGUUUGUAUAUUUGGAGAGGACCCAGGCGGGGUAAUUACAUAAGUUCGUUCACCACUGCUCCCAAAGGAAAAGGAAGGUCAGUGAAGCAGAACAGAAGCAGCAAUGUCUCUAGCAUCAACAGUACCAUCAAGAGUCCCUUCAACUGCCAAUGCAGGUACUCAUUCAUAUCAUACCCACUACCCCAAUGCAUUUCAUAAUUUAGAUUCAAAGCCCAAAUUCACACACAAGAACAAUCCAUGGAGACUACCCUCUUCUUCAAUCAGCUUCCAGGUGAACUCCAGCAACGUAGAGAUAAAAGCAAACACCGAGACCCCAUCUAUUGCGGACCAACUUAAAACCUCUGUUAAGGAAUUUCUGGACACAGAACCCAAAACUCCAUCUAUGGCAGACCAACUUAAACCCUUUGCUAAGGAAUUUCUGGAUACAAAACCCCCAUUUAAUGAUGCCCAUGAGCAUAAUCAGGGCAUAGCAAAAUACAAGUCAAAAUCGGUGUGGGUCAAUCCAAGCAGGCCCAGAACAGCAGCCCUAACAUUGCAUCGUCACAAUCGCAGACAGAACCACAAAAGGAGCCCAAAAUUUGAAGCUCUGAGGCUUCUUGCCCAGAAAUUAGAUUCCUGUCAGCCAACCCAGGAGGCUGUUUUUGAAGUUCUAGAUUCCGUAGGAUAUAUCCCAAUUCCCAAAGAUGCAGUUAUUACGAUCAACAUGAUUCGAGACUCCGAGAAAGUAUAUUAUUUCAUUCAGUGGCUCAACAAAAACGAGGAAUUUGAGAUGAAUUCCAUAGUCUACAACGUAGCCAUGAAAGUUCUGAGAAAGGGAAGACAAUGGGAUAGAGUAGAGGAGUUGCUGAAGGAGAUGCUUGACCGAGAGAUUGAGCCUGACAAUAUAACUUAUUCAACUGUUAUAAGCUGUGCUACACAAUGCAAUCUUUUUCACAAGGCUGUGGAAUGGUUUGAGAGAAUGAAAGAGACUGGCUGUUUGCCUGAUGAGGUAACAUAUACGGCAAUGCUAGAUGCUUUUAGUAGGAAUGGCCAGGUACAGGAAGCCUUGAAUUUAUAUGAGCGAGGAAGAGCAGAUGGAUGGGUUCCUGAUAACAGAGCAUUUGCUACUCUCUUAAAAAUGUUUUCCAUCGCAGGGGAUUCUGAUGCUGUACUUGAGGCUUUCCAGGAAAUGAAAACUCUGGGGGUUAAGCCUGACUUGAUUGCAUAUAAUACAGUUCUUGGUGCUCUAGCAAAGGCAGGGAAACCAUCGGCAGCCAAAUUGCUCUUUAUAGAGAUGACUGGUGCAGGUGUAAUUCCUAGUCAGAUAACUGUAACUUGCCUUAUAAGGGUUUAUGGUAAAGCUAGGUGGGCAAAUGAUGCUUUGAAGUUAUGGAACAUAAUAAAUAAUGAGGGAUGGACGAAGGACAUGAUGCUUUACAAUACGUUACUUGGUAUGUGUGCUGAUUUAGGCCUUAUGGAGGAGGCUGCUGCCAUUUUUGAAGAGAUGAGUCAAUCAGAUCAAUGUAAACCUGAUCAGUGGAGUUAUACAUCUAUGAUAGAUCUCUAUGCAAAGAGAUGUCAGAUUGAAGAAGUUAAUAGGACAUUUAGUGAGAUGAUGGAAGCUGGAUUCAAGCCUACAGUGGUUAUUUGCACUUGCCUUAUACAAUGCUAUGGUAAGGCAAAGAGAUUUGAUGAUGUUGUAAAAAUAUUCAAUCUCCUUCUUGAUGAAGGGAUCUCUCCAGAUGACAAGUUGUGUGGGUCUCUCAUUUCAGUUCUCACUUUCUGUGAGAAGGAAGAGUUUGGCAAAGUUCUUGAGUGCAUUGAGAAGGCCAAUCCAAAAUUGGGGUUAUGUGUCAAAAUGCUGCAAGAUGAAAACAUUGGUUCAGUAGUUCUUCAAGAAGAAAUUCGAACUGUUUUCAAUUAUGCAUUGUAUGACACGCGGAAACAUUUCUGUAAUUGUUUAAUCGACCUCUGUUACAAGUUUAAUUUCCCAGAAAGAGCUCAUUAUUUGCUCUAUCUGGGAACGAUAUUUGGAAUCUAUAAAAACCUUGACACUAAGACCCCUUCAGAAUGGUGUUUAAAUUUACGCAACCUCUCCUUAAAAUCAGCAUUAACUGCCUUUGAUGGUUGGAUAAGCAGUGUAUCAAAAUCCCUUGAAGAUGGAGAAGAGAUGCCUCCAUUGCUUGGAAUUCAUACAGGUCGUGGAACUAACAAGCAGUCUUCUCAAGAGGGUUUAGCAACUUUCUUUGAAUCUCAUCUAAAGGAAUUAAACUCUCCUUUUGAGAAGAGCACAGAAAGAGUUGGUUGGUUUUUAGCAACACGUGAUGCAGCAAUUUCAUGGCUGCAAUCAAGAAAUUCAUCUAUUUUGGUCACUACUUAGAUAAGUUUCUGUUGCUAAUAUUUUGUGUCACGGGGUUGCCAAGUUGUCAUUCAUAUUUCUUUGUUCUUGUAUAAUGAGUAACUGAUUGGGAAAAUAUGAGAGGCUUUUUUGUCAAAUUUUAUUUUGACUUGCCAUAAAUAUUUACCUCUAUGGGACCAAUCUACAGAUGUAUGCAAAAUGCUUGAAUAAUCCUGGUGUGAACAUUCUGGUUCAUUUUUA